AUGGCGUCCUCGACAGAGCAUCAUAAAUCGAACUCUAUAAAUACAGAGACGCAACUCCCCUCUAACCUACAAAUGAGUUUGCGUGAAAUCACUUCUCCAGAAGUUUUCUCACAGUACCGUGCUUGGUCGGAUGAUUACUCUCGCCCAGACACUUAUGAGCAUCUUUGUCUUGGGGAAUCGGACUAUCAGAUUUGCGUUAAAAUUAUUGAUUCCAAAGAGGAGGUAGUCAGUACCAAGCACUUUGACACUAAAGUCAAUGCAGACGAUUGGUUGAACAAUACUGUCGAGGAAAUCAACGCUGAAGUUGCAAACGAGCAGAAGGCACUGACUUAA